AGAUAUAAGAGUAGUGAAGAUGACUUACUUCACAAGGCUCCAAAUCACCUCCUGAGUAGGUUCUUUCUCUCUAAAGUAAUUCAACCAAAUUAUCCUAUUGUUCACUGGGUUGAAACCUGUUCACCUGCACCCAGCGUUCAGCACAGCCAAAGGCUUUGGUCCAGGCAGAUCCGAGUGCUGGGGUACUGCUGCCAGCUGGUUGGUGGGGUCCUGGUUGAACAAUGUCCCACCAGGUCCGAAGUGGGGACACGUCUGUUGGUGGUGUCCACCCAACUCAGCCACUGCAGGACCAUCUUGCGACUCUUUGAUGACCUGUCCAUGUUUGUCUACACUAAGCAAUACGGCCUGGGGGCACAGGAGGAGGACGCCUUUGUCCGCUUGGUCUCCGUCCUAGGGAACCUGGCCGACCAGCUCUACUACCCAUGUGAGCACGUCGCCUGGGCGGCUGAUGCCCGGGUCCUCCACGUGGACUCUUCCCGGUGGUGGACGCUGAGUACAGCCUUGUGGGCCCUCUCUCUGCUCCUGGGAGUUGCCAGGUCCCUGUGGAUGCUGCUGAAACUGAGACAGAGGCUGCGGAGCCCCACGGCGCCCUUCACCAGCCCGCUGCCCCGGGGCAAGCGGAGGGCCAUGGAGGCGCAGAUGCAGUCGGAAGCACUGUCACUUCUCAGCAACCUGGCCGACCUGGCCAACGCCGUGCACUGGCUGCCCCGGGGCGUGCUGUGGGCCGGCCGCUUCCCGCCAUGGCUGGUGGGCCUCAUGGGCACCAUCUCCUCGAUCCUCAGCAUGUACCAGGCGGCCCGGGCCGGCGGCCAGGCCGAGGCCACUACCCCCUGACACUGCCAGAAGAGCACAGGGACGCAGCCGGAGCCCACGGAGGGCCCUUCCUGCAAAGCAGAAGCCAGCAGGGCAGGAGCCGGGGCUCUCGUGGAGCUGCCUGUGGCAAAACCCAUGGGCAGGGUGGGUGGAGGGACUGAUGCGAGGUCUCGCGGGCCUCAGCCCUGAGCUCCUGAGCUGGAGUUUUCAGGGGCUGCGGGGGGCUUCAGCGGCACCUCCUGCCUGCCAGCUGGAGUUUUGUAUCCAAAUCAAGAGGAGGAGGAGGGAGCCUGUCGUGCCUUGGGAAAGCUGGGACGGGAAUCAAUUAAACAUUGUGGUGCUGGC